UAUUGGCCUAUCAAGCCCCGCUUUCCAUUGGCCACAGAGGAACGUUUCGCCGGCCGAAUCGGAAUGGUCCACAACCCUUCAGGUCCCUCAGCUGCUUUGAGGAAAGUAAGAAAAGGAACGCGUAGCUGCUGGGAAUGUAAACGUCGCAAAAUCCGAUGUCGAUACAGCUCGAAUGAAAGCACAACCUGUGACUGGUGCCUCUCGCAUAGGUCAACAUGCGUGUCACAAAUGUACCCAGAGACAGAAAGUGCCCAAUCUGGAGUUCAAGUUCUGCAACAUCGUGUAUUGCGCAUCGAGACCUUGUUGGAGGAACUUCUACAGAGAGCUGAUCGUAACGUCGCUCCUCUCGUUAACAAUAAUCAGCGUGCGACAUCAGGAGACCAUGAUAUUGCGACCGAUGUACUAGAUGAUACGAUGAAGUCGUCAGAAACUAGCGGAAGCGUACUCUCUCUCUUUGAUAAUUCCGUGUUUCAAUACAAACGCUCUGUCAACGAAAGUAUCUCCAGUCAUGGCUCUGCUCUUGAACCCAGAAGGACAAGCCCAACAUAUGAUCAGCAUAUCACAUUCUCCAAAUUUGACCGGGUGUCAGUCCAUCUAAGAUCACUGAUUCCGUCCCAAGAUGUCAUCACAGCUCUGAAGUUUGAAAGCACACCCUGGAUCUCUCAACUUCUCGAAGCUGUGCCGUCAUUCCGAUCCAAGGAGGAUUUUGAUCUCUUGGAUUUAAUAGCGCCAUGCUUGUCCGCCAAACAUCCGUCUGUUAUUGCAAGGGGCUUGAUGUGUAUUGUACUGUGCCUGCAGCAGCUGCCAAAAGACCAUGAGGUUACUCGGAUUCACUUAGGGACCAAAUCCAAGGAAAUAAUGGAUCACAUCACAUCUUGUGUUUCCUCAUUGGUCACCUCUAACGAUGAACUGACUGCCACGCCCGAAGGCCUCGAGUGCCUGAUGCUUCAAAAUAUAUUCUUUAUCAAUUCUGGAAAGCCUCGCCGAGCUUGGCUCAGCGUUCGGCGUGCCGUGGCCAUCUCGCAACUUAUUGGACUUCAUCGCCACAGUGUUGAGUCAACGCAAACAGAGAGCAGCAAAGACAGCGAUCGUUUUGCGUCCAUAUGGCAGUACAUAUGCCACUCCGAGCGUUUUCUUGCAUUGAUUCUUGGAUUACCGUAUGGGGUACAGAACGAGCACUUUUGUCGCCGUGAACCGGGUGAAGGUUGGAGGGAACCUAAUGCGGAUGUUGAUUAUCUACACCAACUUGACGCAAUUGCAGGCCGCGUCAUUGACCGAGAUCAAAAUUCAUCUAAGAUGGAUUUUCUAGCAGCUCAGUCAAUUCAAGACGAGCUGGAGCAGCUGGCGGGAUCCAUGCCCGAGACUUGGUGGAAAGUACCGGACGUCAUCCAUGAGUCAAGUCAGGAUGUGGCCAGCAUAUCCUAUCGUCGUCUCAACAUCCAGAUAUGGCAUUUCCAGCUCGAGAUGUCUCUUCAUCUUCCAUUCAUGUUCAAUGUCACCUCUUCUGUGAAAUUCGAGUAUAGUCAGCUUUGUUGUCUUCGGGCAGCGCGAGAACUGAUUAAGCGACAUGCCUUGGUCAGAAAAUCCAGUGAAAUGUUCUCAUGUUGUCUGACAAAUUUCCAAGCGUUUAUGGCAACCUUGGUCCUUGUCAUCAACCUCUUGAAGCCAAGUUCAAGUGUUAGUCGAGGCAAAGCCGAAAUGGAGAAGCAAGCAGAAUGGACGACUGUUGAUCAGGUCAUUCAGCGCCUGGAUGCGGUGAACGUCCGAUUUGGGGACCCAGUGGCCCUUCAGGCGGUCAACGUGUUGAAGGUGUUACGGGCAUUCGAGUUUGAGUCACAAGUGGAAACUGGGGGUGUUCAAUUGACAAUUCCGUACUUCGGCACGAUUUCGAUCCAACGACGAGCAACUUCCACCGAUAUGCUCAUGAAUGUAAUGGAUACACAGCAACAUCCGACCUCCAUUCCGGGUUACCAGUCCGACAUGGAAGGGCCUUCAGGAGGGGAGUGGGCUGACUGUUUUUCGAUAUAUUUGAACACCGAUGGGUUGACACACUCUCCCCUAAGAUCCGACGAACUACUGCAAAGCUGGUCAGUAGGGGCAACUGAUUUGUUUCAGUCUGAGCAAGAAGAUACCACGUGGUCCUAG